AUGCUUAAUAUCAAAGUUUGCAAAAAAUAAAUUAUAUAUAUAUAACAAUCAAACAAAAAGCAAUUAAUCAAUCACCCUUUAAAAAUAAAUACUAACAAACUAACUAUCUAUCUAUCAAACUAUAUAAUACAAUUAAUUAUUUAUAUUAUAUUUUAUCUUAUUUCUUCCUUCCUCUUUCACACACAAACUGAAGUGCAUCAUCAAACAUAAUAAGUCAUAUUAAUUUACAUUUCUUACGAAAUUCUCCUCUUAUAUUCCAAUAUAAAUUUUUUAUCUUUUCUCAAUCUUUCAAUCAAAAAUCGAUUACAAAAUUUCUCGUUUACUUAUCGCUUUGCACCAGCACUUCACUUUUUUCAUUUUCUCAUUGUAAAUUCAUCCUUCUUUGCUACAAUUAUUUAUUCACCACAUUCUAAAUCCAAUAUUACGACUAUGUAAAACUAUGCAAUUUUAUAUAAUAAAUUCUUCCUUUUUUACUUAUAAUUUAUUUCUUGCAAUUCUACUAGCAGAUUAGCUAAGGCUUGCUAAUAUGAGGUCAUCUCUUUUCUUUUAUGCUUUAAUUAAUUUAGCACUUUUUUCAAUUAAACGGUACCUGAUAAUCUAUUUAUAGAAAAUAUCUCAUCACUUUUCAUAUGUAAUCUUGUCACUCAUAGAUAUAACCAUUCCUGA